CAGUGGGACGAGCUUGAUGUUUUAAAGUCACGAGUUGAUUAUUCUGCUCCGCUACAAGGAGGACUUGCAUCAACUCCGAGUAACGGGUAUAUCCAUUCACCCGGUACUGUUGCUGCAGGAUUACAUUUUCAGGAUGGAACGUGGAGAGAGUUUUCUCGAUCAUAUCAUAAUCACUUAUUUUCUCUCCACAUAACAUCAUCCUCGAAGUAAUUCCGAACAUCGCGGAAUUAAACUCACUAACACUUUUGUAAUCCUGGAACCGGAGAUGGAUCCACUCGUGUUUAGCUUUCGGUAAGAUCACAUAUUUCUGGUGAUCGAACCUCUCUUUUAAAGAUUUCCAGAGGUCACAAGGAUCCUCUUUCGUAAUAUAUUCAUCCUUUAAACCAUCAUGGAUGUGGUGUCGUAAAAAUAUCAUGGCUUUAGCCUUUUUCUCAUUUGACACCGUUUUCGAACUAUCGAUGGUUUUCAAAAGCCCGUUUCCUCUCAGCCCACUGCCCAUGUCAUAUAAUUAUUUUCCGUAAUAUCCAGGGCAUUAAUUUCGAGCUUUGUCAAAUUCGACAUGAUAUUGUAUUCAUAGAAUAAUAUUAUAAAUAUAGUAAAGACGGGAAUUUAAAUGCAUAAUUUAAAUGCAAAAAUUAAAGGCAUAAAAUAAAAGCAUAAACUUAAAUUGCAUAAAUUUAAAUUGCAGAAAUUUAAAUUGCAGAAAUAAAAUCGGGAGGCUCAGCCUACCACAUGAUCCGAAGAGUCAUAGACUACCAUAUUGAUCAUUUUUCAAAGUCCGAGGAGACAUGGUCUACCAUUUUGACUUUUACUUAUUUCAAGGUCCGAUGAGACUUUGUCUACCAUUUUUGACCUUUUCUUUUUUUUCACGGAGGCAAAGCCUACCACGUGUUUCUCUGAUCGUGAAGGCAUAGCCUACCAUAACGAUCAGUCGGGGAUGGCAACGCCUAUCAUCCCGAGAAAUAAACGGAGAAGGUCCAGCCUCUCACUCCAAAAUAAUAAUAAAAUUUAAAUAAAUUAAAUAUAUUGAAAUACAUAAAUUUAAACAUUACCUCGGCUGGUUUAAGAACUUUCGGAUUGAUAAGCCUCAGUUGGUCAGAGCCUCGUGCUCAUAACGUGUUGUGUAAUAUAACAGUGAGAAUAUAUUAUUUAUUUGUGUUUGUUGGCAAAAGAGAAGAGAGAGAUUGAACGUUUUAUUAUAUAUAUGUUGUAUUACGAGAGAGAUAGUGGAGUGACAAAGGAAGUUGUGAAGUGUAAAAGUUAAUUAUUAUUCAUUUCAUAUGAUCAUAUUUAUAGAGACUUCAAGUCGGUAAAACUAACCGACUUUAGGAAAAGACAAAAGAAGAAGAUAAACAUUAGAGUUAUUUACAAUCUAAGACAGUUUUAAGUUUUUAAUAACACUAUAGGGCAGUUAUGACUACUGAGGUAGUUUUUCUUAACUAAAGGCACUCAUCUAACUAAAUGGUCCCACUUUUUUUGAAAAUUAGUCACCUUUCUUAUUUUCUCGGGACUAGACAUUUGAAACUUAAAAACUAAUUAAAAAAUUCAGAAAUUAUCAAAGCCUCUUCUUCACAUCAUUGCAAUUUUCCGCCGUAUCCGGAGCAAUUGGUUCACGUCGUGCUUACACUGUCGUGGUCUGUUGUGGUCAUUGGGUCGGGUUUUUUUUCCGCCGUCGCAACACUUUCUUCUCCGCCGCCGCAAGACUUCCUUUGAUAUGAUGUGUUGUGUCUUAACUCAUCUCUUCUCGUCGUGAUUCAUCGUCGCCGUGACCUUCAUGUCUCUCUUAUGCGCUCUGAAACUGGCAUGAUAAGCUUGAGAGCAACAAUGGCUAAUUUUGAUAUUUUUGCAUAUUUGGUCCCUAAACUUACUGUUAUUUAUUUUGUAACCCCAAUACUUUUUAAAUGUGAAAAUUGAUCCUUAAUUUUGUCUCAAACUUCAGAAAUUAUAUUUUAACCUCUUGUAGUACGAAUACAUCUAUGAAAAUACAAUUAAACUAAAGACAUACCUAAAUGACUUAAAUGAACAAAACCAAAUAUGAACUAUCAAAAAAAUAUGUACACCGAAUUGUACGACAGUACACAUGUACAACAAAAAUCUAUGUACACAAACAUUUUUACCAUCCAUAUGUACAACAAUACACAUGUACAUCAGAUUCACAUGUACAACUGGUGAAUUUUUCGGAUAGAUUUGCAAUUUUAAAUGAAUUAAAUAAACUAAAAUCAAGUGCUAAAAAUGAAUUAAAUGAACUAAAAUCAAGUGCUCAAAAUCAUUAAGAUUAUUAGUUAUGAAUAAAACAUGUAAUUAUGUGUACAUCAAUUGUCAUAUAUGUUACUUUAGUUUGAUUUAUUUAUUUUGUUGUUUAUUUUGGCAUUCUAAGUAAGCAACAGUCAAUCCAUCUAUAUCUUAAAGACACCACAUAUUUCCAAUCACCUUCUAUGUACACGAAAUGCGGUGUACAAAAUCACAUUGUACACAAAACAACAAUCUUUCUACACGGAAGCAUGCUCACAUAUUGAAACAAAUCGAUGGGACGAGAUUUGCGGAAAAUAUUUCAUAGGCACACAUAGUUAUGCAUUAAAAGCUAGGUCUUGGAAUGUUAUUAUUCUUGUUUAAACACAUCUAAAGGUAUUUGCAUGUUUAAAAUAUUUACUUUCAAAGAAAUUUACAUGUACACUUAUGUUUUUGACUAUCGACAAGGGCUAACAUGUACAAUAUACAUAUUAUAUUUUAUCAGAUAUUUACAUGUACACAUAUGUUUGAGAUACAUGUUAGAUGUCCAACAUGUUGUAAAGUUGUGUACAUUCGUUAGUGCACAUGUGUACAUUAAAGGUUGGAGGCGCACAUGUGUACAACACAUGAAAAUUAGUUUACAUGUGUACAACACAUGAAAAUUAGUUUACAUGUGUACAACACUAAAUUAAAAGGUUAUAUUUGCAAUUUGCAAAGUUAAAAGACGAAUGGAAAACUUCCAAAAGUUCAAGGACUCGUUCGUGUAAUCAGGAAAGGUCUGGUCUGUACAAUUAAAAAGUCAGUAGUCAAUUUGAAAGGGAUAUAUUUGCAAAUCAAAAACUUUGGAGGGUAAAAAUGAAUAUACUCAAAAGUCGAGGGACCAGAUGUGAUAUACAGCCAAAAGUGGCCAUUGUUGCUCAUCGAGCUUUCGCGACCCGCGGUGGUGAAUCGCUAUUCGGUGGUGGAUCCUUCGGAAGAUGAGCAUAAAUUGACGGCGUGGAAGAAGAAGCUUGGUCAUGUUGAUUCAUGGCGAAGAAACAGAGGAACCACAAUCGUGUUCUUCAUUUUGUUUUCGGCGGCAGAUAUGAAUAGAUCGUAUUCUUCAUUUUGUUUUCCAGAUUUUCUCUUGGGAUUUCUCAGGAUUUUUCAUUUUGUUCUUCAACAUCUUGUUCAAAUUACGAUCUAUCAACUUCUUCGUUUUGUUAUUUUUAGAAUUAUUUCUCUGUUAGAGAAAAAGAAAAAAAAUGAGAUUAAGAAUUGUGGAACCCAUUUAGUUGGAAGAAUGAACUUAGUUAGAUGGUAGUUGUAAAAAACUAUCUUAGGAGCAAUAUCUUGUAAUAAAAAACUUGAAAUUGCCCUAGGAUGUAAAUAACUCUAAACAUUAUCUUCUAAAUAGAUAAUCCAACAAAAAAAGCAUUUAAAAACAAUUUAUAUUUUAAGACGGAAACAAUAAUGUGUCAGAGAAAUGAUUAACCAAAUCAUAUGCGGGGAUAUGCCAAAACAAUUGUUUACAAAAUCAUCACGUUUUUAAAUUCAUGUAUAUUUCAAUUAAUUACUCUUUGCACUUGUACAGCUGUCUCUAUAAAUAAUUGAGCGAUCAGAUUUUUUUCGUUUUCACAUGGUGGACUUUUCAGAUUUAGUUUUGAGUUUAUUCAGACUUUAUUUAAGUUUCUCCUUUCAAGGUUAAGUGCUUUUGGUCCCAGCUUCUUUAUGAGUGAUAUUGGUUUAGUUUGGUUGAGAAAAAAAACAAAAUUAAUGUAAAACAAUUAUUUGUGCCGUCUAGUAAUUUGCCCGGUCGGGUUAAGUUGGGUUUAGUUUAGUUAGCGUGCAACUAAAGUUACUCCGACAAUAAGAACUCUUGUUUUUUUACUGCUUGGUGCAGUCCGGUCUACUUUGGUCUAACCGAACCAAUUGAGAAUACACAUAAUCAAUAUAAUAGUAUAUGCUUUUAUGUUUGGAGUUGACUUUAAUUUCAUUUUAAGACAACAUAACAUCAUUUUGAUCGGUUCAAAAAAGUGGGAAAGAUGGAGAUCGCAAACACAAAAUGGGUGGCUGCGACGGCGAGCAUGUGGAUAGAGAGCUUCAUUGGAGCAAGCUAUACAUUUGGAAUCUACUCUUCUCUUCUCAAGUCAUCCCAAUCUUAUGACCAAUCUACACUUAACACCGUCUCCGUCUACAAAGACAUCGGGGCAAACGCAGGCAUCCUCUCCGGCCUUUUUUACACGGCGGUUGCAAACGGCAGAAGCGGUAACGGUCGCUUCUUUAGUGGACCAUGGUUGGUUAUAUUUGUUGGGCUGCUCCAAUGGCUCGUGGGGUAUGGUUUCAUAUGGAUGGCUGCAUCCGGAGUGAUCGAACCGCCUCCGGUGGCUGUGAUGUGUUUGUUCAUGUUCUUCGCCGGUCAUUGUCAGCCUUUCUUUAAUACGGCGAUUGUUGUCACCGCCAUCCGUAACUUCUCCGACUAUGGAGGGACCGCCGUUGGUAUUAUGAAGGGUUAUCUUGGGCUAAGUGGAGCAAUUCUUGUUCAAAUGUACCACAUUUUCUGUGAAGGUGACCCAGCGAAUUACCUUCUUCUCUUGGCCGUAGUACCAUCAAUUUUCAUCUUGACAAUGAUGCCCUUCGUAAGGGCGUACGACACAGUCAUCCCUGGCCACAAGAAAUACUUGAACGGUCUCUCCUCCAUCUCCUUGAUCGUUGUCACCUAUCUUAUGGUCGUCAUAUUGGUUGAAAAUGUUAUCGGAAUGCCAAGGUCCAUGAAGAUAUGUUCUUUCACUCUUUUAGUUCUCUUGCUCGCCUCUCCUCUCUUGGUCGCAGUUAGAGCACAUAAUGAAGAGAAAGAGAGACUCCUGUCUUUGGAUUUUCCGGUUACCGAGAGAUCUACCUUGCUUGACACUCCUAAGCCCAAUGAUGUUGAUGUUGUCACGACCAAUGACAUGAACGUCCUGGAAGCAAUAUGUACAAUCAACUUCUGGCUUCUAUUCCUGGCGAUGAUAUGUGGAAUGGGAUCAGGGCUCGCCACGAUAAACAACAUCAGACAGGUGGGCGAGUCACUUCGCUACUCUACGGUUCAGCUCAAUUCUUUGGUGUCUCUUUGGAGCAUAUGGAGCUUCCUAGGCCGGUUUGGGGCAGGUUACAUCUCAGACGCUUAUUUACAUAGUCAUGGCUGGCCAAGACCGGCUUUCAUAACCAUAAGUCUAGUCAUAAUGGCUUUAGGUCACAUUGUCAUGGCCUCUGGUUUACUAGGAAGCCUAUAUAUCGGUUCCUUGUUGGUUGGGUUAGCGUACGGCUCACAAUGGGCACUCAUGCCGACUAUAACGUCUGAAAUAUUUGGGAUUCUUCAUAUGGGAACUAUAUUCUAUACAAUUGGGAUAGCUAGUCCCGUAGGUUCUUAUAUUUUCUCAGUGAAGGUAAUAGGCUACUUUUUCGACAAGGUAGCUUCUGAGGAUCAUUCUUGUUAUGGGAGUCAUUGUUUUAGGACUUCAUUUGUGAUAAUGGCGGUCAUGUCAGUGCUUGGAUCUCUUAUUUCUUUUGUGUUGUUCCUCCGCACAAAGAAGUUUUAUGCAACGCUUGUGGCCAAGAGGAUCUUGAAGUGAUUAAUUCUUGAAGCUAGGGUCUGGAAUCUGGAUUGUGACACUAUUUUUUGGCAUUUUCCCUUACAUUUCAAAGAUCAUUUUUAAAA